CCCGCUCCAUUCCUUUUUAUCCUAGCUAUUCACGUCUCUCUCUGUCACAGUCGUACACAAUCUUCGCUACUGGACAAUGAUCACGGAGAUGCUUUCCAGUUUAUCGAUCGCUAAAACUCCUCCUCCUCCUCUUCUCAUGUUCUCCCCGGCUAACGGCAAACCUUUCCGAGCUUCGGUUAUCUGUUGCGUCGGGAAAAAUGCAGAGAGAAAUGGCUCAACUAGUGGACCUUUCCAGCUGGAGUUGGGGAACCACAGUAGUGAUGAGAAUAUUCCACAAAUGAAGAGUGCUGAAUUAGAAGAGAAAGGUAGUGACAUUUGGCAACUUUUUAGAGAAGCUCAACAGAAUAUCUUGUACUUGAACAAACAACGCAUCAUGGCUAUGGAAGAGCUUGAUAGAGUAAAAAGAGAGAAAAGUUCAUUGCUUGAUCAGAUCGAGCAACUAGAGAGAACAAAGCUGAUUAAUACAAGAAAAGAUAAGUUCUCAAUCUCUGCUGAGUUACUUCUAAGGAUAGACUCUAUGGUUCUUAGCAGUUUGAUUGAUAGCAAGGAGGCAUCAGACUUUAGAAGGCUGGUCAUGGAUUCAAAAGUCAGUAUAGUUGAUUAUUUCUCUGAUAUAAUGCAUAAACAGGAUACCAGGCUUCUGGUAGAGCUGCGUCACUUCUCCGGGAAAAGUAGAACGUCAGGCUACCACAUAAUCCACAUUUGUACUGAAAUGGCACCAGUGGUCUCAGUUGGAUCUUUGGCACAAUAUGUAACCGGCUUAUCUUGUGCCUUGCAAAGAAACGGAAAUCUGGUUGAGAUUAUCUUACCCAAGUAUGCUAGCCUAAACUUAAAUGAAGUUCAUGGGUUACGAGAAGUAGAAGCGGAGUUUUUUUCAUACUUUAAUGGUCAAAUGCAUAGUAACAGAAUCUGGACUGGGGUUGUCUAUGGCAUUGGAGUGACUUUUAUAGAACCUCUCUACUAUUCAUCAUUUUUCAGCCGCGAGAAAGUAUAUGGUUACUCAAAUGAUUUUGAACGAUUCACCUACUUCUCUCGCGCUUCAUUGGAUUAUAUAGUUAAAGCAGGAAAGCAGCCCGAUGUGCUUCAUAUACACAACUGGGAAACAUCUAUUGUUGGUCCACUGUUUUGGGACGUUUUUGUAGAUCAGGGACUUGGAGAUACCAGGAUAAUGUUGACAUGUCAAAGCUUCGAGUCUCAGUGUGUAGAGCAACCUGAGAAGUUAGCCCUAUGUGGACUUGAUCCUCACAGAUUACAUCGUUCUGAUCGUCUGCAAGAUAACAACAAGUCCCAUCUUGUCAAUGUUUUGAAGGCUGGGGUUGUUUACUCCAAUAAAGUUAUUAUAAUGGCAUCCAUGCAAACAAAAGGGCAGAUAAUUCAUGCUAUGAGUCAUGGUCUGGAACCCACCUUAACCAUACACAAGGACAAGCUACUAGUUGCUCCUGGAUUUGAUAGUUCAGCUUGGGAUCCUUCAGCGGAUAAGUUUCUUCCUCAAAACUAUAGUGCAGAUAAUAUGAAGGGGAAAUCUGUCUGCAAAGUCUCGUUGCAGCAGCACCUGGGGUUGCAGGAUCAGGCAUCCAUUAUUCUUGUAGGAUGCAUCUUCUCAGACAUCUCUGAUGUUGAACUAGAAAACCUCAAGACGCUUAUUUGGAUGGCUUCAAGGAGGGGUGUUCAGUUUGUCUUCAUGGGCUCGGGUCAAACUCCUGGUUUAAAUAAGGCAUUGGAAUAUUUUGAGGAGGAACUCAAGGAUGAGAACAUGAGAUUCCUUAGCAAAAAUGACGAAGCUUUAGCACAUUUGGUACUUGCAGGAUCUGACAUCAUGCUAUGCCCUUCUUUUGAUGAUACAGUACUCCAAGUACCGCUCAAGGCCAUGAGAUAUGGAGCUGUGCCUAUUCUACUGAAUUUUACGGACAGUAACUUCGGGCACUUUAUGGACCAUGAUCUUGAGGGCACCAAAUUCUCUCGUUAUAUCAAAGAUACCUUCGCCAAUAUGUCCCUGAACCAAGCAAUUGAAGGACUUAAGAACAACCCUUCAAAAUGGGACAAGAAGAUUGUCGAUGCCAUGACAAAGGAUUUUUCGUGGGAGGCAGAGUGCUGUGACAUUCAUAUCUCUGCAUAUACAGCAAUAAAGAACUAAGGUUACAAUUUGCCUUUUUCAAAUGUAAGUGGGCUGCCAGAGAUAUGGACCACAGCUGAUUUUCGUGUAAGCUUCUUCUCAAAUUUUAAGCCUAUAGUAUUUACUAAGUUGAUGAUUAAUCUUUUUUGAAGCUUGUUAUCUUUAGAACGAGAAGCUCCUUUGUGAAUUCUUACUUGUUUGAAGUUGGUUUUUGAGGGAACAAUAACCAUUAAGUAUCCGCUAGACUGCUACAUGUUAUAUGGUGGAUUUGCUAAGAGUAUCCGCUAGUAGACAACUAAUAUCCAUUUUUAUGAUUCUUGAUUCAAUUGAUACCAUGCAAUGCUGUUAUGGUUUAGUGUGUCACCAAGAUUGAAGGAUAACAAUAUCAUAUUAGAAAACGUUGUACAUUCCAAAGUUAGAGUUUUUGAAAUUUGAGGUCGCGAACUCUAUAGAUCUCAUUUCAAAUUUGUCCAUAUUUAGGAGCUCUGCUGGUUUCCCGGUACACAGUAAAUUCUUGUUGGUGCUUUAAAAUCAUUUUGCGUUUGUAUUUCUGCAAAUCUAUCUGUAUACUGUAGCUAGCCAUUUCACGUUUCAGCACUGAUACUGAGGUUGGUAGACUGAAAUAAAUUUUUCUAGGCCCUAACAUCGAAAGCGACAGUAGAGCAGCAGUACUUUGUGUCGUCAACAUUGAAUUCAUUAUCUGCUAACAAACGACCCACCAAACAAAUAUGCCCUUUUCUCCAUUUUGAACAUCUAGGAAAAAAGGAUCAGGCCCAGCAAAUUCACUUCCGUGGUUCAGAGUUUGUUGGGUUGGCCCAGGCGCUAACCUUAUCAUGUGCUACAGAUAUGACUGACCGGAAGCACAGAAAUAGUUGUAUAAUUUCAGCAGAAGUGUGAGUCUUGGUCAUAGUAUUUGGUCAGAGAGGCAGAUUUAAGAUUUGAAAGUUGUGGAUGUCCCACCCUACAUUUAUAAUACAACUCUAGACCCACCACUGUUAAUAGACCUAAAAUUUUAUGCAGUAAUAUCCUUUCUGGAGAUCAAACAGGUGGAUUGUCGCUUUUGAUGGGUCACAAGUAG